CUUUUUCUUUUAUUUUUGUUUGCUGAAAGUAACAGCAUGUAUAAGGAAUGGUACUUCGUUCCUGUCUAUGCUAUAAAAAAUGUCCAGCUUUCGUCUCUCACCGCAUUAUACAACAGCCAAGAGCUAUUUUAACUGCUAAAACUCAAUACCCUGUUACACUUUAUUCUCGCCAACCCCAGCAGCGAAUGUUUAUUACGACACCCAUUAGAACGACCAAACCAUCAGCACCAUUAGCACCUCCACCAUCACUACAAAAACCAAUAACUAAUACCUUAGACGACACGCUUCGAAGGGCUUUGAACAACGAGUUAACCAAAAAACAAACGAAAUCCUUUUACCAACAAUUAGCAACAUCAAAGGAUACUUAUCGUCUCAUUUCACCAUACCUGGAGGGAUAUGACAGUGUUCGUAAAGCGCUUUUGGAGGCUUCUGGGUACUGGUCGGUGAAGAAGAUCCAGGAGAUCAUGAGCUUGUGCGACGUCCAACAUGUCAAAUGGAGAUUGGAUUUAUUAGGCCAAUUAUUAUCUGCCUACGUAUUCAAUCGAAAAUUAGACACCCUACUGGUAACUUUACCUACCUCUGGUUCACUUACAAGUAUCUUGCCAUUUUACAACGCAGUUAUCAGUAAAUGUGCGAAACAAAAGGAAUACGAGCAUGUACAACAAGUGUUAGACUUAAUGAAACAGAGAUCGGUUGGACCUGAUAUAGCUACGUUCAAUAUUUUGACACGUAUGAAAAUAUCCAAGGAGCCUUUGACACCGGAGCAAACAUUGGAUAUUUAUAAAGACAUGGUUUCGCUCGGUAUCCAGCCUAACCAAGCGACAUUUAAUACGUUUCUCAAGAACGCCUGUAAUCGUCAACAUUGGGAUAGUUUAAAGAAUUGGCUCGAUUUAAUGGAAAAAGACGGCGUAGAAGCUAAUCCUAUCACCUCACGCAUCCUUUUUAAAAGCUAUGUCGAAUUCCCCUCCAAUGUGCAGAUAAGUGAAGCUUUUGACCGUGUCUCGAAAGCCGUACCCAUUAAUGGAAGAGAACGAUUUUUGAAUACGGGUGUGACGAGCUUGUUAAAGAUAAAGGAAACAGGAGCGGCCAUGGAUCUACUAGACAAGGCAUUUGCUUUAGAAGAGCCAGUUUCAGUGUACACGUACAAUUUACUGAUGCAAACGUUAUGCAUGGAUGGCAAAUUCGAGACUGCACACGGUGUAUUGGAUUCGAUGAUACAAGACAAAGACAACAUACCCCAACCUGAUAUUGUAAGUUUUACUACGGUCAUGCAGGGUCUUGUUCGAAGUAGUCAGCACACGGAACUCGGCCAGUUGAAUCGACUUUAUCAAAAAUUAUUGGAUCAAGGAUUACGUACCAACCAUGUCUUGGAUUCAGUUGUCUUGUACGGUCUUGUUCGAUCAGAUGGCAACAAGAAUCUCGUUAAAGUAAAGAGCAUGUUUGACAUGAUCAUGGCGAAUCGACAAUCUGAUAAGUUACCACGACAACGUACAGAUACGAGACUAGACGAGAUCAGGAUUUAUAAUAUGAUGAUGGAUUUUUACUUUUUACAUUAUCACCACUCAGACACACAUCGACAUCAGACACCCACCGAACCAUUUGCUUUAUUGCGCGACGCAGUUGAACACAAAAAGCUGAAGCCGACUGUAACCACUUUGAAUAUAUUGGUGAGGGGAUUAGCGAUACUAAACAAGGAUCUGAAUGGAGCGGAAAAUAUGGUGACGAUCUUAAAAGAAAAGGGUGUAGAGAUGGAUGAAAAGACAGUGUGGUAUUUGACUAAAACUGCUUAUGAUCAAGGACAGAUGGCUCGAGCUCGACAAUGGAUCGAAACCUAUGAGUUGAAUAGUCACCAACCGAUAAAAGGGUCCGGUUUGAUUCAUUUAAAAUCAAUCUUGACCAAAUGGGACAAGAAAGAAGCAUAGAAAAAAAUUAUCAUCUAGAUCGCUCACAAUACUCGACACACACCCACAACACAUAAAACACAACUGUACAUUCCCCCCCCCCCCUUCUCUUUCCU